GACGCACUUUCUGGGUAUCAGUCGCCAUUCGGAGCUUUAUUUUUCGCACGACUUGGCGAUGAAAGAAAUGCGCUAGUCGUCUCUCACUGCAUUACUAUUGCUUGUGAAACGCUUGAACAGGAACGAUGCAAGUUGGAUAAUGAAAGAUAAUAUCUUGUCGGAGUGCACAUGUCGAAACCGAGACCCAGUAGGUAACACUUGCAAUCAAUCUCUAUCAACCGUUCUCAAGUGAAUCAAAACCUUCUACUCUAAACGGAGAGGGGAUUAGCGCGCCAGCCUUGAUCAUUUGAUAUUCAAUAUCAACAAUUUAUCGUUUCACAAUCCGACGACACAACGGACGAUAACACAAGACAUCAUUGGCACAUCGCUGUGCAUCACAAUACUCCGAGAACCGAUCAAUAGACAUAGAAGGAACGAUCCAAGUGGUCGUCGAUCUCAACAAUGAAUGGACUUUCCGCCGCGAUGAAUCAGCAUCAAUUGUCGGCAUUCCUCUUGCUUUGUUUUUCCUUCAUGUUCGCUGUUGGUAAUGCUACCACGAGCAUAUACAGCGGAGCAAUAAGUACGAGUAGUAGUGCAUCUGCAGCAUCCAAUCUUGACCUGCAACAGCCACCGAUACAACGAGAAUUACAAAGACCUACACUAGUGGAAGCCGGAGCCUGCAUACCGCCGGAAGUUAUUCGGGCCAUUCACCUGGAUCCAUCGGACGAUCGUCUCCCUUUGGCGAGUGGGGGUGAGAUCCAAACCAAGUGCUACAACGAACGAAAUUCGUGUGGAUAUAACGACAGUACGUCACCUUCUGCCUGCUGUCGCGUCUCAUAUGAAGCAGGAUGGGUGGUCUGCGAUGCCUACAACGCCUUUGAUCACAUGCCCUGUGUGUGCAACGACAACACCGAUGGUUCGCCAACGCCCAAACCUACAACUCUGGCGCCAACGACCCUGGAACCCACAAGGGCUCCCAUCAAAGAUCCAACUAUGGACCCUACAAUAGCACCUACUACAAGUAAGCCCACGAAGGAGCCCACGAAGGAGCCUACGAAGGAUCCCACGAAGAAGCCAACGAAGAAGCCAACGAAGGCGCCGACGGAGGAGCCCACGAAGGAGCCAACUGAUCCGCCAACGGAUUCUCUAACAACGAAGAAACCAACGACGAAACCCACCAAGCCGCCGGUCGUUUCUUCUACUAAUCCUCCCACAACCAAACCAACGUCGGCACCGACCCUUGCUCCAACGACAGAGAAAAAGUCUCCUACUACAAAACCAACUGUGUCUCUUUACUAUUCCACCGAAGAGAAAUAUGACAAUGACUUGCAGGCGACGAUCCGACAAUCACAGUGCAACGAAGCUCCACCGGUUAUUGAAUUUGUUCAGGCAGCCACUUUCGUGUAUCGCUACGAAGUAACUCUAUCCACUGAAGAUGCUGCUUCCGCCGCAGUUGCUAUCAACACGGACGAUUCCAAAAUGCAGGAGGUUUCGGACUUUUGGACAAGGGAACUUCACGAUGAAUUGGCGGCAGAGUUUUUAGUAUGUGGCAGGGGUGUGGACUAUCCGUACCAGAACGAUGCCGUUUGGAUCUUGCAAUCUAAAACCCACGAAGUUGAAGAUGGAGCUGAGUGCAGUAGUGGUACCGGCUCCUUGUUGUCUUCCCAAUCAGGAAUCUCCGUUGAAAAACGAGGUAACGGCGAUGCGGACGAAGGCAGCAACGACGACUCAAGUCAAAAUUGUAUUGUGAUGAAGGCAGUGUCGCGGAUCUUUGCCUAUGAAUCUCCCGUUGGGAAAAAGACCAACAAGCAGCUUUGGUCGGACGCGAAUGACUAUGACAAUGGUCCGGUUGCCAAAAACUUUGCAGAAGAUGCCAUCGACUUUUUGGAGUUUGUGCUACGCGAAGGUGGACCCGAAAAUUCCAACGUUUUGGACGUCUCCUUCCAGGGCGGUGAGCUUGUGGUAGACGGAGAUGGUGCAGGUAACGGGGAGGAAGAAGUGACGGACGAAAAGGAACAAGACGACAAUGAAAGCAACGAGGAUAGCGCCACCAAUCAAGAGACUGCCACCAACGGUUCAGAGGUUGGUAACGACGAAGCUGACAGCAACAGUGGCGGCUUUUCCAUAGAUGAAAACGGAAAUUCUGCGAUUGACAACACGGCCGUUGGAAUCGAGGGUAGCAUGGCUUCCAACAACAACGAGAAACGAGGGUUGACGCCACCCAUCAUCGCAACGAUUGCUGUUGCGUCGGGAUUUGUGCUCUUGUUGAUAUUGAUGGGUGUCAGCCUCAACCGCCGUAACAAAAACAGGCAAAGAGAGGAGGAUGAAGAAUAUCUGCGUGAGAUGGAGGCGAAUCGAAAGGGCUUGCCAAUGCAAUAUGCCAUGGGCGCAAUUCACCACCUCGACUUGUCCGAUUCAGACGAUGGCGACGAGCCGGGUCCAAUCGUCCGUAGCGAGCUGGACCUUGAAGAAAACUACGGCAAAUACCAAACUUCCGCGGGUCCGAGCGUUGGCGAUGACGUACAAUCCCACUUCAAUUUUUCUGGCGUCGUUCGAAGUCCUUCCUCGCGCCAACGAUCACAGAUGGGUCCGCUGGGCAUGUCGGACGAGUUUUUGGAUGGUCAAAGCAUUGCUACGACGCAGACCGAUGGACGAAGAGGGAAUCAUCGGGCUGCGGGACCAAAGCGAUCGUCUUCAUUGCCAUCUUCGAGUCUUCCUUCUCCUCUGCAACACACAUCUCCUCGGUCCUACAACUUGCGGGACACGGUGAAACUAUGAAGGGGGGCAGCAGUACUGUGGAAAUGGAUCGUUGGAUCGAUUCCUCCGUAGAAAGAAAGCGACCAAAACCUACAGAAACAAGUGAUGGCAACUCGAGCCAAUGGGAGAAACUGCGCACAACAUAUAUUUUUUUCUUGCGUUGUUGUUUCGUUGUUGGGUGCCAUGCACCUCUGUGGUCGGCACUCUCAAUGUUGUUACCAUAUGCAUUUAUACCAAGCAUGUGUAGUACGCAUGAAGCCCCAUUUGCUAAGAGCCCGGCCGCACAUACAUUAUCCGUCUAUAUGUUAUUAUGGGCAAAACUCAUAAUUUAUAACAGCUUCAGUAAAAAUAGAGGUCAAAACAAUAUUACAGUAUUAUUAUUUUCAAAUUACUGUAAUACAGUAAGUGUUUCAUU